GUCUCCUCUCCUGGCGCUUGGAUAGGCCGGCCCGCCUGAGCAGCCCAGCCCAGCCAGUCCAGCGGUAUUUGCCGUUGUUUUCUGGUUCUUGCCGCCAUUGUUGAACAACAAAAUGACAACUCCUGUGGACGACGAAGGGUUUGUUCUGCGCAUUCGGGGCCUUCCGUGGUCAACGACCAAGGAAGAGAUUUUGAACUUCUUCACCUCAAAGGAGUGCCACAUCAAAGGAGGCAUUAAUGGAGUGCACAUGACACUUUCAAGAGAAGGCAGGCCCAGUGGUGAAGCAUAUAUUGAGCUUGAAAGCGAGCAAGACAUGGAGAUAGGCCUGCAGCGUCACAAUGAGCACAUUGGUCACAGGUACAUUGAAGUGUUUAAAUCAAAGCGCAGUGAAAUGGAUUGGGUCGUGAAGCGCAGUGGAGCACACCAACAGGACUCUCUCAAUGAUGGCUGCGUCAGGUAGGGCCUGCCCUUUGGUUGCUCCAAAGAAGAAAUCGCACAGUUCUUUUCAGGGUUGGAGAUUGUCCCCAAUGGGAUUACACUUCCUACCGACUACCAGGGGAGGAGCACGGGGGAAGCUUUUGUGCAGUUUGCCACACGGGAUAUAGCUGAAAAGGCGAUGGGGAAACACAAGGAAAAAAUUGGGCACAGGUACAUAGAAAUCUUCAAAAGCAGCCUGCAGGAAAUUCGCUCAGCAGUUGGCAUGGGUGUGCCCAAGAUGAUGCGUCCCAUGGGCUCUGCCAGACCAGGGCCCUAUGACAGAGCUGAGCGCUUUGGUGGCGGUCCUUCGCGCUAUGGCAUGGGCCGUGGGGGCCGCAACUUCCGUGGAUUCGUUGAAGAGGAUGGCUAUGCAGACUUUGGUGAGUUCUGUGGAGGUGCUCGCUUCUCAGCCACUGGUCACUUCGUGCACAUGCGAGGUCUACCAUUCCGGGCCACUGAGCGUGACAUCUUUGAGGGAAAAAAUUUGCUAUGCAGUUUUUUUCAGCCCAUGAAUCCAAUAAAUGUGCACCUGAUCUAUGAGGACAGUGGCCGCCCAUCAGGUGAAUGGACUGAGUUUGCCACUCAUGAAGAAGCUGUCAAGGCCAUGAGCAAGGACAAGGCCCACAUGCAGCACCGCUACAUUGAGUUGUUUCUGAACUCAACACCGAGUGGCUUGAACUCUGGCAGCAAUGCUGGUGGCUUCGGGAAUGGAGUAGGUCCCAUUGGGUCUGCCUCUGGCACCCCCGCUUUUGCAGGGACCAUGGCUAGUGGAGGAUCUGGCUUCGGCUCCAGCAGUUUUGGUAGUGGCCGUUUUGGAGGAGGAAGUUAUGGAGGUGGCUCCAUGGGAGGAAACAUGAUUGGCGGGAACAACUACACUUCAUUCUAAGCAUUUGGAAGUGCGAUGGGGAUCAUGAGUUCAUUUUAAAAUUCUUUUCUACUGUAUAAAGAUUGUACCUGUGUACCUCAUGUCUUAACAUGUAAAGUUUUCAACCCGGAAAAUCAUGUCAUUGUGAAGUGCUGUAGCAGCCCACACACAAAAACGAAACUGCAAUGAAGUAAAUGUCUUGAGAACA